AGUCAUUCAUCAAUGUUCUUCACGGCUGUCUGUCUUUCGAAAGCCUCGCGGCGUGCUUUGACACCGAAGCGGGGGAAUAAGGAUUUUUAUAAAGGAACUAGACAAGCAUUUCUCCCUGGUGGGCAUCGCACAGGUGCCCCAGGAAAACAUGUUAUUCGAGGCGCGUCGAAGUACCGUUUACUGGACGAGAAAGUGAGGGUAUUUGUCGCGCCGAGUAUAGAGGAGAUCAAGAAAAGCGAGCUGAAGCCAUACGUCGGGAAGGACGUCAAGCUCACAAUGGUACAGAAGAGGGAGCUGUGGAAUAUCAUGCCAAAACCACCAGCGUCCUCCCAGUCCGCUCCAUCAAGCUGAACGAACAACCUUUUAUUAUCCUGUCCAACUCUGUAUUAUAUCAUAGGUCAUAAUAUCAUGCAUACCUCCAAUUGUAGUGCCCACCGCCACACGGAGCUCAGCAGGAGUGGGUGCCAGGGUGCAGGCAGCAGUCUUCAUACCAUACCACAUAUUGCCGAUUUAUUGCAUCUCUCAGAGGCCUUCGGCGUAAUCUCCAGAUCUAGUUCAUCCACGAGUCAAGACAGUAGAUCUA